AUGACUGCUGAAACAAGACAAAGCACUUGGAAAGACAGGAUCCACGAGCUUCUGCAUGUCACGGUUGACCCUUUCCUCCAGGAUCUAAACAAGUUUGGUUUCCAGGAUGAGUCCAAGAGAAGGUCGCUACUUACAGACUCCGAGGGGAAGGUGGACAAUAUCUUCAAAGCUGCUAUCAUGCAAGCUUUGGAACUGUCCAUCUUUCUUCCUCCUGCAUUGAGGAACAAGAGGAAAGCAGAGCCGCAAGGCGAAGACGACCAAGCGACGAAACGAGCGAAAACGGGAGGCACCCAAGAAGCGGAAAUCACACCAGUUGAUAAAGUCACGUCGUUGCGGUCACAACGCGAAACUAUAGAGGCUGAAAUGGAGAUGUUUCUCAAGACCGAUUUGGACCAGUUGGACGUGCUAUCGGUGCCCGAACACUAUCCUUUGAAACCACUUGCAGCUUCGUCGUUGACCGAGAUCUACUACCUAACGCAAACCUUGCCGUCGAACAAGCUAAUACCGGGAACUCACAAGGCUUUGAUGACGGAUAAUUACGAGUUGGCCUUGUUGGAAGGGAAAGUUGCCGUGAUAUACUCGCGCAUUGAAGAACUCAAACGGCAAGGAAAAUGGUCCUCGCGGCAGCCAAAGAUGUACUAUGAUCCCAUCGUGUACAAGAAUCAAGGAAGGAAAAAGACGUUUGCAUGGGACUACAUUUUACAGGAAGCACUGUGGAUGUCGGAAGAUUUUAGAGAAGGGUUGAAAUACAAGAAAAUGUGUGCCGUGAUUAUUGCUCAGGCUGUGCAAGACUAUUGGAGUUUGGGUAAAAGUGCCACUUGCGUUGCGCGGAAAGUGCCACCGGCAGAAGUUACCGACGACAUGGAAGUUGAUCAAGAAACAAGCGACACCGCGCACGCCCCACAAGAUGAAUCCGCGAAAGAAAAGACAGCAACAGCAGCAGCAGCAGCAGCAGCUACAGAUGUGCUUUUAACAGAUAUCCCGGAAAGCACCAACAAGGCAAGCCGUGAACCGGCGCUGAGAGAAAAGAUUAGGAACGGCGCGCGUGAUAUUACGAUUGCGCCUACGCAGUUGUUGAAUUACCCAGAAUCCCUGGCUAGAGUUGAAAGUGUUGCACACCUCGACCCCAAGGCGUCGAGUAUAUUCAGCAGCUUGGACAUGGCCGAUAUCUCAACCACCAACAUGCACAUUGACGACUUCAACACCCAUGCCAAGUCCAUCUUAAAGUCAUUGCCAACGUACAGAUUCAACUCCCAUUCCCCUGGCAAGUUUGAAGUGCAAGAGCCACCAAUAAUACCAAUUUCAAAGCUUCUACUCCCAUUCGAGAGCGACAAGGACUGGCAUAAAAUUGUCCUACGCAAAGUUGCAGAUUGGAAAAUCAACACCCAAUCAGCCAAACUACCCGAAUAUCAAAAGGGUCUUUUUGGAACCCAGUCGCAUCGGCGAUUCCAUUCACUUAAACCUCCCAAACCACCCUUGGUGAGCAACAUCGAGUUCAGAUCACCUACAGUCUGGGUCCCCGAGGACGACAAAAGACUCAUUCAUUAUGUUGCUGAGUUCUGCUUCAACUGGGAUUUGAUAGCCGUGCACAUGCUGGCGGUUUCAUUUGCUCCCGCGUUGAAGAAAUAUGAGGCAAACGUCGAGAGGCGGACUCCGUGGCAGUGCUUUGAAAGAUACAUCCAACUCAACCAGAAAUUCCAAUUCUCAGACAUGAAGGGAGUCUAUGCGUUCCAUGCACAGCAAUGGCUCGAGCAAGCCCACCGGGCGCAAUCCACCACCAUCAAAAGGCGCGUUUCUCCUCUAGGUGUAGCUAACGAUAGCAUCCAGCGAGGACACAGGAAACUCAGAUGGGCAUCCAUGUUUGACGCCAUGAGGAAAUGCAUGAAGAAGAGAGAGAUUGAAAUUGCCAAGGUCAACCAUCGCAAGUCCACCAACGAGUUUCAAGCGAAUCAGCAACAGCCCCAGCUGCACUCGAACCAAUUGGCAAAUGGAGACAAGAGAAGUAAUGUUGGGAAAGUGCCGACCCCGUUGGAAUUGUCGAAAUUAAAGUAUGAAAGAGACAAGAGCAUUCAAGAGGGAUCAAGACAGCGGAUGUUGGCUGCUGUGGCUCAACAACAACAACAGCAGCAGCAGCAGCAGCAACAACCACAACCACAUCAACAACGUCAACAACAACAACAUCAGCAACAUCCACAACAACAACAUCCACAGCAACAUCAGCAGCAACAGCAGCAACUUUCGAGAACUACUCUGGCUCAGCCUGUGCCACAGCAAAAUCUGCAGGCACAUCAUCCGCAGCAGCAACAUUUGCCACAACAGAAGCUACCCCAUGCGCAAGUGCAAGUGCAAAAUCGCGUGCAACAGCAGAUACGGCCGCCAGCACGGGUGGCGUCAGUUGGACCUGACGGGCAAAUGCCCCAACCUAUACCGAAUCCAAUUGCGAAUAACGGUAUGGGAAUCAAGGACGGUCUGCAUACUCCUAUGAAGGUUCCAAUGGGAAAAGAUGGUAAACCCUUGACGAAUGAGCAACUUCAGCAGUUGAUGCAGAUGGAAAAAGAGAGACGGCUCCUUCAUCAGCAACAACAACAGCAGCAGCAGCAACAUCAUCAACAGCAACUUCAACCGCAGAAUUCGCAGCUGCAGCCGCAACAGCAACAGCAACCGCAACAAGCUGUUGAUUACAAUCAGCAAGCCAACUUCCAAAACCCCGUGUACUCCCAGCAGCAGCAGCAGCAAAAUAAUUCACAACAGUUCCACACGGGUGCGAUGCAACAACAAACCAGACACAAUGCAAGCUCGCCCAACAUGGCGCAAUACCUGCCCACCAAAUCUAUUCAAUCAGCAUCGCCAUUUCUUCAACAAAACACGACACCGCUUUUACAGCAGCAGCUCCCACAUGCAAUGCCCCAACAUUCUAAUACUAUCCGCUCCCCUCAUCCGCACCAGCCACAACCGCAACCGGUGCACCACCAACAGCACAUGAUGCAGCAGCAGCAGCAGCCACAUCCGCAGCACUCCACACCGCCGCCAAAGCAGCAGCAGCUACAUCAACACCAGCUUCCGCACCAGCUAUCGCAUCAGAAUCAGCUCCAACAACAACAGCAACAUCAUCAACAGCAGCAACAUCAACAAGCACCUCCACCGCGAAGAAUGCAAUUCCAACCCGCUCAAAUCUCUGCUGUCAUUAACUCAAUACAGACGCAAAACCCGGGACUUUCGAAAGAGCAAGUGACGAAAUUAGCAGCGCAGUACCUUGCUGGGUUGCAACAGCAAGCUAGGAACAAACAAGCUGCCAGUUUACAAGCUCAACAGCAGCAGCAGCAACACAUGGUGCAACAUCAACCGCAACAGCACCAACCGCAACAACAUCACACCCAACAGCAUCAGCCACAGCGUCAACCGCAACAUCAACCACAACAAUCACAGCAACUAUACACUAGUUCUACAAAUAAUGUUGUUCCAAACACGAGUCCGCAAUUGACCCCACAACAGAUUCUUGAUGCUGCUGCUGCUGCUGCUGCUGCUGCCGCCGCGGCUGAUGGAGGUAAUAUCAGUGCUAGUGCCAGUCCCAACGUGAGCCAUGUAAAUCAUAGUCUUAAUUGA